CCACAUCGAACGGCUCUCAUUCCCCCUCGAGACAAAAACGAGGAGCGGACCCCGACCCCGAAAGCCGGCAACCAUCUCCGCUACGCCGCCUCCUUCGUCACCCAUGGCGGACGGAACCCUCGCGCCGUCCCCUUCCUCCUCCGCCUCGUCUCCAAAAACAUAAACCCUAGCCCAGCUCCAUUUAGAAAUCCUAACCCGACCCUCCUCCGCCGCCGCCAUGGGGCGCCGCCGCGACGUCCGCUUCGUCUCUUCCGGCGUCAAGCUCCCGUCCGCCGCCGCCUCAGCCCCGGACGCGACCCCGGCGCCCGCACUCCUCUCCGCCGCUCUCCCCUUCGGGCACAUCGGUCGCGCCAUCGACGCCGCCGCCGCCGCCAUGGGGCGUAGCCGCGACGUCCCCGUCUCCUCCGGCAUCAAGCUCCCGUCGACCGUCUCAGCCCCUUCCCCGGCCUCGGCGCCGGCGCCGGCGCUCCCAUUCGCGGACAUCGUUCGCGCCAUCGGCGCCGCCGCCCGCCGCCUGGGCGCCUCGCUCCCCCGCAUCCCAAUUGCGCGGGCCGACACGGCGCCACCCCCGCCGCGAAGGCACGGGAAGGAAGGUGGGGGCGAGGAGCGGGUGCUGAUCAGCGAGGUGGCCGUGCGGGGCAAGGACGGGGAGCCCCUGGAGCGGCCCGAGCUGGAGGCCGCGGCCGCGAAGGCGCUGCGCGCGUGCCGCCCCAACGCGGCCCUCACCCUGCGGGAGGUGCAGGAGGACGUGCACCGCGUCGUGGAGAGCGGGCUCUUCCGCUCGUGCGUGCCCGUCGCCAUCGACACCCGCGACGGCAUUCGCCUCGUCUUCGAGGUGGAGCCGAACCAGGACUUCCAUGGGUUAGUUUGCGAGGGCGCCAACAUGCUGCCUUCCAAGCUCCUGGAAGACGCAUUUCGUGGUCGCCAUGGGAAAAUUAUCAAUGUAAGACAUUUGGAUCAAGUGAUCAAGUCCGUUAAUGGAUGGUAUCAGGAGCGUGGUCUAACUGGCUUGGUUUCAUAUGCUGAGAUUCUUUCUGGAGGAAUUCUGAGGUUACAAGUUUCUGAAGCUGAGGUUAAUAACAUCAAUAUUCGCUUUCUGGACAGAAGAACUGGUGAACCAACCAUUGGAAAGACACAGCCAGAGACCAUACUUCGACAACUAACCACCAAGAAGGGGCAGGCUUACAAUAUGGCUCAAGUUAAAAGGGAUGUUGAAACAAUACUUACGAUGGGAAUCAUGGAGGAUGUUACAUUAAUUCCACAGCCAGUUGGAGAUUCUAAUAAAGUAGACCUUGUCAUGAAUCUUGUUGAACGCCCUUCAGGUGGUUUCUCUGCUGGUGGUGGCAUUUCAAGUGGGAUAACAAAUGGACCCCUUUCUGGACUUAUUGGCAGCUUUGCAUAUUCACACCGUAAUGUUUUUGGGAGGAACAAGAAAUUGAAUCUCUCGUUAGAAAGGGGGCAGAUAGAUUCGAUUUUUCGAUUAAACUACACUGACCCUUGGAUUGAUGGCGACAACAAGAGGACAUCUAGAACAGUUAUGAUUCAGAAUUCUAGGACUCCUGGAACACUUGUCCAUGGUGGUGAUCAUCCUGACUAUGGGCCUGUAACAAUUGGACGGGUUACUGCUGGUGUUGAAUACAGUCGACCAUUCAGGCCAAAAUGGAGUGGGACACUUGGGUUAAUUUUUCAGCAUGCUGGUGCUCGUGAUGACAAAGGCAAUCCUGUCAUCAGGGAUUUCUAUAACAGCCAAUUAACUGCCAGCGGAAAUGCUUAUGAUGACACACUAUUGGCUAAGUUCGAAAGUAUAUACACAGAUUCUGGAGAUCAUAGCUCUACAAUGUUUGUUUUCAAUGUUGAGCAAGGUCUCCCAAUUCUUCCUGAGUGUCUAAGCUUCAACAGAGUGACAACACGUUUGAGGCAGGGCUAUGAAAUUGGUCCUGCUCGGCUUCUUCUAAGUGCUUCUGGAGGUCAUGUGGAGGGAAAUUUUUCACCUCAUGAAGCAUUUGCAAUUGGUGGAACGAAUAGUGUAAGAGGAUAUGAAGAAGGUGCUGUUGGUUCUGGGCGCUCUUAUGCUGUAGGUAGUGGAGAAGUGUCAUUCCGCACGUUUGGGCCACUGGAAGGUGUGGUCUUUGCCGACUACGGUAGUGAUCUCGGUUCUGGUCCCAAAGUUCCUGGUGACCCAGCUGGAGCCCGUGGGAAGCCUGGUAGUGGUUAUGGUUACGGUGUCGGCAUCCGUGUGGACUCCCCACUUGGACCUCUGCGACUUGAGUACGCCUUCAACGAUAAACAAGCAAGGAGAUUUCACUUUGGUGUUGGCUACAGAAAUUAACAUGUAUAUUGGUCACAUUCAGUUUUGUUCUUCUGAGCAUUUUCAGCUAGGAGGAGGUAGUGCUAUGCCGUCCAUUUUUCAGCGAUGUCAAUCCAAGUUUCGGAAAGAAAGCUUUGUUUAGAUCAGAUUGCCUUAUAUUGUAACAUAUAGUUUUUCCCCCUCUUUUGUUGUAAGUGUUCUUGGGCCAGAGAUCUAAAAUUGCCCCCCAGCUGGUAUAUCUAUCAUGCCUAAGAUAUCUGAAAGUCCUGGUGGUGAAAUCAGGAGAUGCGUCUAGGGUUUAAGGUGGUAAAAUUGCACAGAAUAUGAAUAGUUUCAUAGAUGAAAUUUGGAAGGUCGGCUGUAUUAGCA